GAAGCAGUUGGGGUAUGAAUUGGAAGCAGCUGGGGUACAGGCAGGAGGAGGACAGAGCUGUCCUGUUGAGGAGAUCUGGAGAACAGCAAGGGAGUUCAGCAGGCAGAAAAUCCACAGAAGGUUUGUAACCUCAGAGAGUCUGGAAGAGCCUUCAAAGUGRGAACACCAAGGAGAGUCCAAACAAAAAGAGAAAGAUGGAAAUAAACUUCUAGCAGGGCCUGUUGAAAUAGUAGGAGGGGAAUGGUUUUAAACUAAAAGAAGGUUGAUUAGAAAUAUGAGGAAGAAGUUUUUUACACUAAGGUUGGUGAAAGCCUGGACCAGAGAGGUACAUUCAAGGUCAGAUUGAGCUUGGGRAUCUGAACAACCUGGCCGAGUGGGAGGUGUCCUUGCUCACUGCAGGAGGUUGGGCUCACUGACCUUCAAAGGUSCYUUCCAACCCAAACCACUCCAUGAUUCUGUAACAGUGUUUGCACAGAACCCUGGUUAUAAUCUAUGGAAGUACUUUUCUGACAUGGUUGCCCAGCAUAGUCAAGUUUCCUUAGUACACUGCGUUUGGCCAGCACAAUGUGUUGUUUGCUGCCAUUCACAAUGAUCUUCACUUUAUCAGAUCUAGGCCCUGCAAGAGUCUCAUUUUGUGGGGAUUUAGGUCUGUGUCUUUAGGAAAACAGUAGACUCAUAUAGGAAAUUAUAUACAACCAAACUAUUUUUAUGAAAGGGGAACAAAUGUUAAGAGGAAAUGCUCUGGGGCAGGUCUCUUAGAGCUGCARGGCUAUGGUUUAGCAAUUCCCCCAGUUACUUAGGUGAUACUUGUGUAGAAGGUGUGGUUGAUUCUGUUUGCAGUUAACUGGAAGUUUUCUGCCUCAGCACAGACAGGACUUCCAUUUUUCRUAAAUGGAAUGAAGAUCAGUAAAUGAAAUUAAAGGAUAUUUAUAGAGCAACUUCCCUCAUAACAGAUUAUCAUGAAACUAAUUCUUAAAGAAUGCUUCAAUCAAAAAGAAAAUUAGAAAGCCCACCUGGCAUUUGCUGUGGUCAAACAGAGGGACCAAAAUGUCAUUCAGUCAAAUGAGACCUCAAACAUCACAGCUGGUGGAGCUUCAUGUUUUUUAUGUCCCAGCAGAAGUGUGGAACUUCCAGCUGAAUACAGUUCCUGUAGCUCUUAAUAGCAAAUUCAUCUCAGCUGGAUUCAUCAGGGUGUCUCCUCAUGUCACAUUAAGAGUGCCGGGAGAGUACCUGGGUGGAGUGAGAGUUGCAGAUAAAUUCAAAUUUCUAAAAUGCGUUGGGAAAAAAACUAGCAGUGGGUCAUGCUUGCAGGAGAACAGGACUAGGAAGAUUAGAGCUGAUCUUGGUGAAAAACUGGAAAAUCAGGCAGAUGGAAACAAGCAAAAUCAUCUUACUUCUCCAAAAGAGUGUAUUUCACCUCCUAGUCCACCUCUUUUGGCACUUACUCUAAAUCCAGCUCAAGUUCCUGUAAUUCAGGCUGCAAAAAACAAGAUGGAAGAACUAUUACAACAAAUGAAGAAAGACACAAAGCACAUGGAGRAAACUAGAGAAGAACUGAUCAAAAAAGCUAAAGGGCUACUGGARCAAAACAAGCUGAGGAGGUACCGUGUUCCUGAGGAAUGGAGAAAGAAGUACUUUGAAACUAAGAAAGCUACAGUUUCACUGGCGGAGACUUGGAACAAACUACGACAAGAUUUAGAGCUUUACCACCGGAAAUUGCUCUUGCAAUUGGAAACCAGAGAGAGCCGAAAAUGACCAAACAAUACAACAAACUCCAAGAAUUACACAAUCAUCCGGAUUACUACAGUGCAGCAUGAACUCCAUCAACUGAAGAAGAAGCUAGAUGAUGCAAAAAUGAAACUCAUAAUAGAAAUUAAGAUGAGAAAGCAGGCAGCAUCUGAUUUAYGAGCACUGAGAGCGGAACUGRCACYRAAGAUUCAUUCAGCUUUAAUUCUCYAGUCCAGAAGAUCASGAGUUUAAGAUGACAUGACUAACAUCUGUGAAGUCUACAGCAGCUCUCUAGUGUAUAUAGAAUUUCAGAGCAUUCAUUUGUAUGUUCUUGAAGGUAUCAUGUAAAAAGUCAUUAAYUAUAUAAAUGUGGAAUUUGUAUAUUAGGCUACUGAGGCAGUGCAGCUUGCUUCUUUUUAAAUCUCAUUCUUACUGUAARAUUAGUCACAUACUUAAACAUACAGUUUAAGCUAGUAAUGUGUCUAAAACUAAGCUGUUAUUUUUAAAAUGCAAAUUAGUUAAGUGUGUGAUAGCCCAGUGGUAUGCUGAUGUUCUUURAUUAACUAAACAGCUACUAAGCAAAUAAACCUAAAAUCUGUAACCUGGUUCUUAUUUUCAGGCACACACAUUUCAUUUUUGGGAAAUUAUUAAAAUAUAGCUGCUGUAGAAYUACAGCAAGAGUAAUCCUUUAUUUAGCUCUUUACUGGUGUAUGUUUGAGCAUUAUGCCUAUCUAUAAAUUACCAAUGUAUCAUUACYAUAUUAUUAUGAAGAAUAAACAAAAUCACAGAUAAUCUCACUUUAUGUCAUAUCUAGCUGGUUUUGUUC